UGUUUGUUUGACAUCCUGAUCUGAAAUUCAUGCGGAGCUAUGCCAGCGGGAAGUGCUGAUGGGCUGGAUAGGCUGUUGGCCACAUCUAGCUCUUUGCUAGGAACUUUCUCCAUUGCCCUUCCAGAGAGGCGGCCACCCGAUGCUACUACACUUGCGCAUGCACGUGCUGCAGAAACCGUGCACUGGGUGGCUUCCUGGCUGCUGCGUGGUCAGGAGCUCGAGGUGGUGAAAGUACAAACCCCCUACCUGUGUGAAAGUGCCUCUGACCUGCUGAGCUACUAUGAGUCCUUGCCGUUGGAACGCAGGCUUGAUGGUUUAUUCGGAGUCCUGCUGACUUUGGAGCUUCUGUCCUCCGCCAAUGUGCUUCGCCGGGAAACCUUCCCCCGCACGCGCCGCUGCUUGGACAUGUACUGUUUGGCUGUUGGAAUCGCUGGAGUUGCACCGCAGCAUUUGUUCUACAGACUUCACUACUGGGCCUGGGCAUUUGAGACGCGGAAAGCUAUCCGAGAGGUAGGGCCGCCCAUGCCCACCCCAGCAUCGACUCAGGUAGGGCAGACGAUUUGCCAGGCUUGGUCAAGUUUGAAGAGCGGAGUUGCCCCUUGUGAGAAGCUGUCAACAUCUACGACAAGUCACUGGGCCAUCAUAUUGUUUGUCCUGUCCGUGGGAGUUGGUGGAUUCUGGUGGCUCGGGAUCGACGGCGCAAAGAACAUUUGGGACUCUUCCUGCCGGCGAGUGCGGCGAGGGUGGGCAGAAGUGUACGAUCUCUUGCAGAAACUUGUGCAAGUGGAAGAAACUCCAUCAAGUCGAUCGUGAAGCAAUUGAAGCAGAUGCGCAUCGUGCUGUGCUGCACAGUGGCAACUGCGGCUGUACAUAGAUGAUAGACUGCCUUCCCUGCGCUGGCAACACUUGACAGAGCGGGCAAUCCCAAGUUGGGACAGGCCCUCAAUCCCAAAGUCACGCGGUUGGAGUCUGAUUUGCCUGGGCCUACAGCUUCUUGACUUCCAGACCUUUACCGCUUUGCGCAUGGUUGCAGAG